AUGUUCUGGGCCACGAGAAUCGCCAUGCCAUCUCCAAUCCUGUACUCGCCGAAACCCAGCCCUACGCCGACGUUGGUCAACGUACCCGUUACGCUGCAGCAGCUCGCCUAUGACUAUCGGACUUCGAGUUCAGCAACGUCACUGUCACUGACGCCAAUCGCCGUUCCACAACGAGCUUUUAUGGGUUGGCCUCUGCAGAGUCCUCGGCGGUCGAUGUCGCCACUCCCACUCGACUGCCUCGCUCGCCCCGUCGCGCAGUCGCCUCGACCGGGCGCCUUGAAAUGCUGCAUCAAAUUCAUUUAUACUGCGUGCCUCUGGAUGGGAUACUUCGUGGCAUGCAUCGUACUAAUCUUGCCUGGGGCGGCGCUCCCAUAUCGUGGCUCCCGCGUAGUCCAGGUCAUUGGACACGCCAGCGUGGGAGCCGCCUGGUCUCCCGCGUCCGCGAUAUUGGCACGUGCGAUCCUAUCAAGGCCUUUCCUCGAGUACUCUGCGACUACGGCCGGGGGGGUGAGCAGCACUUCUGCGGUCGGAGGAGUGUUACUUGGCGCAAUGCUCGGUAUAUCGACGUUCUUCGAUAAGAAGCCAGAAAGGUCGUAUUGGGCCUGGAUGCUGUUAGUCUUGGCUAUCAUCGGGAUCUUUGGACAGGCACUUGGUGUUGUCAUAUUCCGCUUCAAGGAGCCGGGGGCUCUGGAUACUUACCUUGGGCUCCUGAUAAGUAUGCUUGGUGGGUUGAUUGUGUGGGUGAUGACGGCUGUCUUAUGUCUUUUCCCUGACAUAUUGAGUCCUCGUCCAUGCCCUAUGGAAGAGGAUGGCGGAUGGCGCAAGUUCUUGCCUUCUAGAUAUCUCAUGUACCAUGUUAACCAGACAAACUUCCAUAAUCAUACUACAAACGUUCCGAAUUCCUUUGGCCAAGGAGCCGAAAAUCAAGAAAAUGAGACAGUAGCGAUUCGACGGUGUCUGCUAGAGCGUGCAAGAUCUGCGGGACAGCGGAGGCGAGUCAGCGACAGCUGUUGGCAUGGACCCGGUCCGCAUGUCGACAUCGAAAUCGGGUGCGGCGAGUGUGGACGUGUCCGUCGUUCCAACCGCGAACUCGCCAUGGUCGGGACGCGGAAGGGAAGGGUGAGGAAAUGGUCGGGUGGGAGUGUAUGCAAGAAGUCCAUGGACAGCGGAGAGUGA